CUUUCAAUGGCCCGCCGUCAGCAGCACACCUACAAUGACAUGGCGCCAGGAAGUGACAUCUGCACCCGCUCCCCAAUGCGCUGCAGGCGGUUUUAAGUUGAUUGAAAAUGGCGGAGCAAACGAGUUUGGAGCAGGAGAAGCUACAAGAUGAAGGACCAGAAGAGAAGGCAGAGAAAACUGUGAAAACUAAGACUGUUUCUUCCAGUAAUGAAGGAGAAAGUUCAAGUCGAAAUGCAGAGAAAAGAGCAGCUGAUGAGAAAGAUCAAGAUGAUUCAGCUGCUGGGGAUGCAAACAACAAACCCACUCCUGCAAAAGUGUCAAAAAUUGGAUUUUCGAUCGGUAGUAUGAAUUUAAAGAAGCCAACCCCAAUAUCCAUCAAAUUGGGAGCAAAUAAACCAAAAGAAAAUCCACCUGUCUUGGCUCCAAAGAAGCCUUCAGUUGCUGCAGUCUUCAAUGAAGAUGAUGAUAGUGAACCAGAAGAAAUGCCCCCAGAAGCAAAAAUGCGCAUGAAGAACAUGGGAAGGGAAACACCAACAUCAGCAGGACCAAAUUCUUUCAACAAAGGAAAACAAGGGUUUUCUGACAACCAGAGGUUAUGGGAACGGAAAAUGAAGAGUCAGCUACGGAAUUUUGGAGAUGAUGACUAAAUGACCAGAAUUAAAUAAAAUGGAGAGAUGGAAUAGAAAUUUAGGGAUUAACAAAUGUUCAAAACCCUUCAGAUUGCUUAAAAAUGGAAACCAUUCAAUGAUGGGUGUAUAAUGUACACUUAAAAAGUUUUCACUAUAAAUUGUAAUGAGUGCAAUGUGUUUAGUAAACAUUGAUACAAGCGGCAGAAUAUUCUGACAGAAGUUGACAUUUAGAUUUUGUCAUUUUUCAUAGCUACCGUUGAUUUGUUUUUAGAGUGUUACAGUGUGCUAUUUGGUUUUGGAGUGCUGUAAACUAAAAUAUCUUUAAAUCAGUACAUAACAGUAGCAAGGAAGAGUUUAAUUUUCACAACGUUUAAAAGUUCAUGAUCGUUAACUGCAUAGCUCUUAAGAACAGUUUUAUGCUUCAUGUUUGGGAGGGACAUUUUUGUUUUGAGCUGUUUUAAUUGUGCAAGUAUUUAAAGAUGACCACUAUAAGCAUUUAUAUUUCACAAUGCAACAUUACUUCCCAGAGAAAGGAUGCGCUAGUGAUACAUUACUAAAUUGUGGAUAAACAUAAAUAGGCAUGAAAUCAUUGAGUAUUGGAAUGACACAGGAGAAAUGUGCAUAUUGAUGCUCCAAUCUCAAUCCAGAUUAUUAUCAAUAGGGGGGUCAUGAUUUUACAUAAAUGAAUAACUUUGCAUAUGACAUACCUGUUAAGAGUGUGGUGAAUAUAGUCAUUCCUAUUCCCAUAAGAAAUGUAGGCAGCAAAAUCGCACCAAAACAAUUAGCAGGGCGGUGAUGUUGUGAAUUAAUUGCUACAAUUAAAAAUUAAAAUUAACAAUGAAAUUGAAUCAGUUGGCCAUAUCUUUGCUGAAACUUUUAUUAUCCUAACCAUUGCAUUCAAAAGUUUAGAAUUGGUUGUGUUGAACAACAACGAUAAUAGUAAAUUACAAUGAAGAAUAGAAUUACCGAUCUAGUCUACUUAGGACAUUUACUAUUGUUAAUUCAAAUCAUUCAAGCCAUUGGACACUCAUCUUCUGAGCUCUGGCUGUUUUGCUAAGAUUUGCAAAUUUAGGCAUUUGCUCUAUUCUCUUUUUUGGUAAUUUCAUCUUAUGGUCUGAGAUCGGGCAUUCCAGUUAUAUCUUAAGAUUCGCCCUUCAUAAAGCCUAUCAAAAAUCGAUCACUGGCAUGCUUUAUUCAGAGAUUUACUCUUCUUUCUUCCAUCUCAGCUUAGUUUUUCAGUUGUAUAAAUCUAUCAGAAAUAUUUAAAAAAUCAAGGGAAAGUGCUGCAUUAUCUCAAAUCUAAAUGCUGUGAAAUGGAUUUAGUACUUGUACAUAGUGGUUAUGUAAUUUUCCAAUCCUAAUAUCAUUAGACUGGGCCUUCAAGACUUUUGCCUAGUGAAAAAAAGCUUUCCACCUAAUCUGCUACUUUUGUUUGAUUGAUUUUAAGUGUUUCACACUGUAAUUGGCAAAAAAAUAGAUAUCUUCCCUUUACAACCUGUAUAUUAGAGGCGAUAGACAAUUGUUUCCAUUUCACACCAUGUCUAGAAUUCUGUAAAUUUAUUCAUAUUCAUAUUCUGUAAGUUUAUUCAUAUCUCAUUAAUUCAAAAGCACAGCUACCUUAUUUUUUAUGAUCUGCGACCUUGGAGACCUAUAAACAUUUUUGAAUGUAACAGUUCUUGCUGUUAGCCAUGCAAUUGGUCAUUUUGUCACCUUAAUAUAGUCUGAGAUAGUGAUUGUGCAGUCAUUGUUGCACUGGGUAAUUUGGGCACUGAUACGAGAUGUUGGUAGUAAAAUUUUGAUAGUUUGCUUCAGUAUUUGUAGAAAGGCUAAGAAAUUAGCAAAAUAUUCUUCCUCGUUAUUCAGUGGCUUUAGGGUUGGCUGAAUCUAUUGUUGGUGUCCUCUGAAGAAGAUAUCGGACAAAUGAGUGAUACUCUCCGACCAACCUGCCAUCGGGCUUGCACGUGAGGAAUUGAGUCUUUAAUUGAUGUUGGAGAUUUACAAAGGCCAAAUCUUUUUGCAUGAAAUAUUUCCUAUUAACUGAUGGAGCGGGAAAGGAGAUUAACUUUGUUUCCCCCUCGUGACAGCCAAGUGUGCUCUACUCUCCUCGGGCAGAUGUAAAACAUGCAUUCCUUAGUGUAAUAAUUUGAUAUGCUGCGGAAGUUUCCUUAAAUUGAGUAACUUGAAUACGAUGGAAAAUAUCUUAAAUUUAUAUAUUUUCAAUUGGAAUUGAGAAAUAAUUUUGAACAAAAGCUCUCCAUUAUUGAUAUUUGCUUUAGUGGAUUUCAGAUGAGUAUUGUCAUGAACCCGUAUGUGUAAAUGCCAAGCCUAGAAAGGAACUGAUGAAGUUGUGAAGUAGCUCACAGUUGAGACUUGAAUAUCCAAUAGUAAGGUUGCUUAAAACCUGUGGAGGGGAAAAAAUAAGGGUAUAAUAUUAAAACCUGCCCUGUCCAUGGCCAAUGAAAACCUAGCCUUUUCCAUAUCUGGCCAAAGCAGUGCUGUGAGUAUAAGUUACACAUGCAGGCAAGUAUAAUAGACACUUAUUUACACCCUCAAGGCUUGGGUUAGGUAGCCAAGCUCUACAACAAGGUGAGGAGGGGGAAAAAGAUAGAUUGCAAAGCCACUGUAAUUUCUUAUUUGCUUCCAUUCAUUUUUUUAACAAAUUGACUGGUGUUGAAGUAUCAAAGGAGGUAGAAUGUGAGAGUACACUUAAAUUUUAUUUUGCUUUUUCAGUGGCUGUAUAUCAAAGCUUCUCUAAUCCAAUCAAGCUUGAAACAGUUCAAAAAUGUCAAGCGGCAUUGCUUUUUCAGUUACACCCUUUCCAAAUCAGUACAUCUGCUAUGCACAGGGGCUUCAUUACAAUUUGGCUACAAUUUUCAUUAUUGGUUUUCAUCAUUUACUGCAGAAUGAACCGAAUGCUUAAACUUAGAAGGUUGGAAUUCAGUUUUAUAGAUCUUAACCAAACACUAAAAUGAUUUUUUUGUGUAACUUAUCCAACUUACUAUGUGUUGAGUGUUGAACCACACAUCACUAUCUGUGGUACUAUGCUGAGCAUAGAUUAUUUCAAAACUAUCACAUUGCUUUCAUGGGGCUCUUUGAUUUAGACAGAGAGAAUAGGUGAGUUUGUAAAUUAGGCUCAUCUCCUUCUUCUGUCCUCCCUCUUGCCCAUUGUGGAACAAAAAAAGGAAAUGUAAUUUUCAGUUUUUUAUACAAAUUGUAGCAAAUCUGGUGGGGGAGGGAGGUUUAUAAAAACUUCCUUUCACUGAAGAGAGGGAGUUGAAAAACAUCUUCGUAAUAUACCUAUACAUUCUAAAAAGAGCUAUGUUAAAAACACAAUUUGCACCCUUGCAUUCAUAGUAAACAGUAUACAGAAGUAUUUUUGUACAUUGUGAUUCUUGAUCACAUUUUACUUUGAUUUUCAUUUUACUAGAUAGCAGGCAGAAUAUUUUAAACUUUGCAGCAGUUAGAGAAUUGAAACAAUGUAAAAUUAGCAAUUUAUUUCAAGUGAAUGGUUAUUUGAAGAAAGCUUUUUAAAUGGCCAAAGCCUAUUUAAAACGAAUACUUGCUGUGGUUCAUUAAUCCCAUUAUUUGCCUUCAGUUAUUUCUUCGAUCACAGAAACUAUUUAUGAUUUCUUGAUUAUUGGGACAUCCAAGCUGCCUUUUGAUAUAUUUUGUUGUCAUUGCUGCAGCAAAUGUGGUGAAAUAAUUGCUGACUUAUCAAGAUUCUCCCUGUGCGAACUGUGCCCUCCUAAUGGCCAAAAUAAAUUCAAGAACUUCAAGCAGUAAAUCACAGGUGCAGAUGUAGAUCCUGUGCAGGAUUUAAAUGUUAAAGCUUGCUGUAUUUUCAGAUGUUAGAAUUGUUUUCCUUCAUCUGGAAGCCUUUUGCUGUGUAUAUAAAAAUGGCUUCUUGUCUGUUUACUUAUGAGGUUGUUUUGUUAAAGAAAUGUGAUUUUUAUUGUACUGAAAACGUCAAAUUUUACAGGUUGGGCAGGGAAAAUAAAAUGCUUUCUGGAUCAGUA